AUGUAUAAGUGUGAUCAGUGCCCGUCAGUUUUCUCCGCAAAACGUAAUUUGGUCGCCCACCAUAAGAAGCAUGCAGGUGUACGUUUUCCGUGCACUGCAUGCCCAUCGACAUUCUCGUACAAAAACAACCUCAACAAGCAUCUGAAGAACAUUCAUGGUAUCGUUUCAGCUCGCCUCAGACCAUUGCCAGCUGCUCCGAUCAUAGAUCAGCCAGCACGACCGAGCGUCAUCCAGUUCGCGCCUCGUAUUGUUGCCCCCGAUAGCGAGACCGGUGACUCAUGCGUCAUAAUAGAAGAUGAUGAUACAGGUAUUAUACCCGCUGGUCCCUCAUACGAGCUUCAACAUCAGUCGAAUAUACCAAACGAUGGGUAUGAUGAUAUGUGCGUGGCAGUUUUAGAAAAUGCUCAAAAUGCAGGGCUAUGCGAAACGUCAGGUAUUGUACGCUCUCGACCACUGCAACGAGGUGAAAUAGAGAUCGCCCCGGAUAUUAUAGUACCAGAUAUACCCGCUGGCCCCUCAAACGAGCUUCGUCAUCAAUCGAAUAUGCUAAACGAUGAAUAUGACGAUAUUGAAGAUGAACCCGAGGAUGAUUGGCCUGAAUUAGAUGAAGAAGGACAUAACUGGAAGGAGGAAGAGAAAGGCUUAAUGAGAGACCUUCUACACUGCAUAACCUAA